AUGUCGUCCAAACUGGUUGCCCUCUUCCUCCUCAUCCUCCUAUAUCUCGCUCUCAAAUGCCACUGUUCAACCCCACAAUCACGGGUCAAAGCCGGCUACUAUUAUAUGGGUAUCGGAAAUGUCAUUUCCGAUUUAAAUUCUAAGCUUUUCACGCACCUUAUAUGCGCUUUCACUUUCGUUAACUCCUCCACCUACCACCUCUCCAUCAACUCCUCCACCGAACAACAAUUCUCUACCUUCGCUCACAUUGUAAAAACCAAGAACCCGUUCGUUACAACGCUUUUGUCGAUAUGGGUUGGCAGAGAGCAUUUGUUAAACUUCUUCUCAAUGAUAAACCAGUCCUCUUAUAGAAAUUCUUUCGUUCAUUCUUCCAUAGAGACAGCUAGGCUCUAUGGGUUUCAAGGUUUAGACCUUGCUGGGCUUGUGCCAACAGGAAGUAGCUCGGAUAUGGCCAACUUCGGUACCCUUUUGGACGAGUGGCGAGUUGCUGUAAAUUCUGAGGCAAAAAAUUCAAGCAAUCCAGAGUUACUCCUGGUCAUGGCCGGCAAUCGUCUGCCAGCUUUGGGUUCAGUGAUUUACCCAAUUGAUUCCAUGAGGAGGAACUUGGAUUGGGUACAUGUAACAGCGUACGAUAACUAUUUGCCUGGUAGGGACAGAGUCACAUACUUUCAUGCAGCUUUGUAUGGCCCCUCGAACUUGGCUAAUACGGAUAGUGGCAUAAAUGAGUGGAAGAGAAGAGGUUUUUUGCUGAGCAAGUUGGUCUUGGGCUUGCCUUACCAUGGCUAUGCGUGGACACUUACGAGUCCCCAAAAGAAUCCGGUGGGUGCAGUCUCUACGGGUCCGGCGUUCACAAAGGAUGGUUCCAUGGGCUAUAAGUACUUCAAAUGGUACAUUAGAAACUAUGCUCAAGAAGCAGUUUCCGGGUAUAAUGCUACUUCAGUGGUUAAUUACUGCACGGUUGGGUUAACUUGGAUUAAUUACGACGAUGUGGAGGCUAUUAGGGCUAAAGUUUCUUAUGUAAAGCAAAAGGGUCUGCUUGGUUACAACAUGUUUCAAGUCCGCAAUGACGACAACUGGGUGCUUUCUAGAGCAGCAGCUCAGCUUCGUUAUUGGAACAUGUACAAAAAUGAUGAGAAAAAGCAAAGAAAAGAUUCCCUACAUGAUCCCGUAAAAUACCCAUUCCUCCUCCAGGCCCUGGAUUGCCAAGACUGCUACCGUCCAGAUUCAAGUUUAACCUCCUUGGGCUUUGUUUCAACCAACGAACAGCUUACACCUUUAUAG